AUGCCCCAAGCUCUUACAGAAUCCAGAUCAGCCAAGAAGGCAAGGAAAAGAAUAGAAAGAAAAAUUGUGCUCGCGCGUCAUCCACGAGACCGCCUUUCUGAGGGACAGCACCUUUCUGCUCUUGAAGUGGACCCGGCUCUCCCAGCGUCCGAUUUGUACCGCAGCAACUUGUACCUGCUUGUAUUUCAUGUGACAAAAUAUAUGAGAUAAUACUAGUCUUUCGUGUCUUUAUUAUACCCAUCACCUUCGUCAUUCUUUCG